CGGGGCGGCGCGCUUAUCGCGGGAGAGCUGCUCCCACUUCGCUGCAGCCGGCGCAGUCCAGAUGUGGAGCAGGGUGUGUGACCGAAACGGUGGAAGGCGGCUUAGACAAUGGCUGAUCGAACAAAUUGACAGUGGACUGUAUCCUGGUUUGAUCUGGGAGAACGAGGAGAAAACCAUGUUUCGUAUUCCAUGGAAACAUGCGGGAAAACAGGAUUACAACCAAGAGGUGGAUGCAUCCAUUUUCAAGGCCUGGGCGGUAUUCAAAGGGAAGUACAAAGAAGGAGAGAAGGCAGAGCCAGCUACGUGGAAAACCAGACUCCGUUGUGCCUUAAACAAAAGCCCCGACUUUGAAGAGGUGACGGAGAGGUCCCAGCUGGAUAUUUCGGAGCCCUACAAGGUUUACCGCAUUGUUCCAGAGGAAGAACAGAAAUGCAAACUGGGGCUGGGGCCUAAAUGCACCUUGAACGAGAUCACAGAUAUGGACUGCAAUCCUUCCUCCAUAGAAGAGUUAAUGAAAGAGACUCCUUCGGGUGUAGAGGAAUACCUUGGCACAAUCAAAAGGAGCCCUUCACCACUACAGGAGAGCUGCAGAAACCCACCCAUCCCAGACUGGUGGAUUCAUCAGUCAAGUCCUGCUUUGUCCCUGAUGACUGGGUUUGCUGCAUAUGAGCCUCUUCUAGCCUACUCCCAAAUGAUGAUCAACUUCUACUAUGGAGGGAAGCUGGUGGGGAACACAACCACCUCUCGGCCCGAAGGCUGCCGGAUCUCCCUGGGAGAGGUGCCCUAUUGCCAGGAUAGCCUGGAACACGUGCAGUUCCCAUCUGCAGAGCUGAUACCCAACGAGCGCCAGAGGCAGAUCACCAGAAAGCUCUUUGGGCACCUCGAACGGGGCGUCCUUCUGCACUGCAACAAGCAAGGCAUCUUCAUCAAGCGGCUCAGCCAGGGAAGGGUCUUCUGGAGUGGGAACACCAUGGCCUGCAGGGAGAAACCCAACAAACUGGACCGGGAUGAGGUGGUCAAAAUCUUUGACACCAACUACUUCCUCAGAGAGCUCCAUCAGUAUUAUAACAACCAAGGACGCCUUCCGAACAGCAAAGUGAUUCUGUGUUUUGGAGAGGAAUUUCCAGAUACCGUCCCCUUACGUUGCAAGCUGAUCUUGGUGGAGAUCGAGCAAUUGAGCAGCCGGCAGCUGAUGGAGGAAGCCCGGAAGAAUGAAACCAGCGCUGUGGGCCAUCCAGUCGGAGAGGAGGUGCAUUAUGAUCCGAUGUACAGGAACUUCCAGGAUUCUUGUGGGCCUCACCAAAGGCCCAUUUUCAGAGAAAACCAGCAAAUUACUGUUUGAGACUCCGGAGCAUACGCGUUCAUACAUUUUUCAAGCUUUUUUUUUUUUUUUGACCCCUCUUCCUCCCCACUCCAUCUUAUUGCUUAGAUCUUCCCCAAUUUCAGUUGAGGUGUUGUUGUUUUUUUAAAAAAAAGUUUUGUAUGUAAAUAUAUAAAGGGUUUAAAUAAUUCAAUUCAGUCUUUAUUGCGGUCACAGACCAGCGCAAAAAAAAAAAAAAAAAUUAAACAUGAAAAUAAAGUAGAACCGAACAGAACAAGGCACAGUAAUGUGUUACAAUUGAUGGUGGAAUUGUCAGUGGGUGACCAAGGCCUGCCUAGUUUUACAGACUGUUCCUCCUCCUCCUCCUCCUCCUCCUCUU